AUGAAAUCUGAUUGUACUUUAGAUAAGUACAAAGCUCUCUUGGCAACUAAAGGUUUUACUCUAUUGAAAGAUAUUGAUUAUUUUGAUACUUUUGCACCUAUAGCUCGGAGGACUUCUAUUCGUCUGUUUAUUGAUCUAGAAAUAAUUCAUGGUCUUGUGAUUCAUCAGAUGGAUGUGAAGACUGCAUUCCUGAAUAGAGAUAUUGACGAAGAAGUCUACAUAAAACAACCUGAAGGAUUUGUCAUUCCUGGUCAAGAAUGUAAAGUUUAUGAAUUUGGGUGGAAGGAACGAAUGAGGGUGGCAACUAAUUAUGCACUGGUCCUGAAAAUAUUAACCAUGAAAAAGUUGGACCUCAUUUGGUCUUGUGAUGAUAUUCUGAUUGAUGAGAUAUCAAAUGAAUCCCUAAUUUUGCUGCUUUCGAAAGAUGUCCUACAAUAUAUACUGGAGACUCCAGUGUACCCAAGGGAGCAAGAGCUUCUCAAAGAGAUCAGAAUUAUAACUGCAAAUCAUCCACUGAGUAUAAUGGCAAGUCCACCAGAUUCUGGCCAACUGAUAGCCCUACUUCUGAAACUGAUAAAUCCCAAAAAGACUAUUGAAAUUGGAGUCUUCACUGAAUAUUCAUUGCUCCUUACAGCACUUGCAAUUCCUCAAGAUGGAAAGAUUACAGCAAUAGACAUGGACAGGGACACAUAUGAGAUGGGAUUGCCAGUUAUCAAGAAGGCUGGAGUUGAGCACAAAAUCAACUUCAUACAAUCACCAGCAUUAUCAGUCCUUGAUGAACUCUUGGAAGAUCAUGAAAAUAGAAGAAGUUUUGAUUUUGCUUUUGUUGAUGCUGACAAAGAUAAUUAUCAAAAGUACCAUGAGAGACUCUGGCAGUUGUUGAAGGUGGGUGGUAUAGUAGUAUAUGAUAACACACUUUGGAAUGGUACAGUUGCUAUGCCAGAGGGAUCUACUAAGGAAGAAUUGAAACCAAACAGGCUUCACAUCGUUGAAUUUAAUAAGUUUCUAGCUGUUGAUUAUCACUUUCAAAUUUCUCAAGUCCGUUUAGGUGAUGGAAUCACCAUUUGUAGGCGACUUUGAAGAUUCAAAGAGACGAAAUAAAAGCCUACAUGGUGACCAAUGAGAUUCAAGAGACAAAAUAACAUCUCUUUACUAGUUGUUGUACUAAUUAUCAGCUACAAUGUAUCUUUCCUUUUAAAUAAUUUCUUCAUGUUGCACUUGUUUGAAAAUAGCCUCUGGCAGAAAUGUCAGGUAAGGCUACUUACAAUAAACACUUGUGGUUGGGCCAUCUCUACACCUUGUGCACAAUGGAAGUUUCAGUGUUCCGGGCUGCCCUUUUUGUUUUUAUGUUGCACUUGUCCUUGUAUCUUUGGUCGAUCACUAAUUCUAUCCAUAGCUUGUAGUCUUUGGAUUUCAGUUUGUAGGCGUCUUAUUUCUUUUAUUAUUUAUUGGUUGCAUGUUAUCUCAUUUUGUUUGUUAUUCUCUUUUUUUAUUAUUGUUUUUUGUCCUGAGCGGGAAACAAAUAAGAAAAAUAAAUAUCGAACGUCAAGAAGAAAAAAAAAAACUUAGAAAGAUUUGAGAUCUAAACAAAUUGAAUUAUAGUAGAGUAGUCAAGAAAUAUAAUGAGUUGUGAACGAGUAGCUUGUCUUGCUAUGAUUCCUUCAUGUGCGUCACCAAGAGAAUCUUUGCAGAAGCUGAUUAAAUUAAUGUUUAAUACAGUUAGCUAACUGCAAUUUUGAAUUCCAAGACUAUUUAUUUCUCAUUUAUUUCUCCUAUGUUUAUGUACGACCUAUAGUUAUGACACUUAUUGUCAACUUUGGCCUAAUAGAUUUUACUAAUAUAUUUUUUGGGCUAUGAUAACAUUGAACUCAAAAUAGUAACUAUCAGUUAGGCUUUUAGAGAGAGAAGCUCUCCCUUCUCACUAGAAAAACCCCACGUCAACUUCAUCUCCCAGCCCACUAAUACUACUCCCAGAACCACCGGAUAAUAUGACAAUUGAUGCAGAUCCCAUCUCAGAAACCACAGAACCCAUUAAUGCCCAUCUAUCUAAGCUGAAUCCCUCUGACCAAAUCACUUUUGCCAGUAUCCUCAGCCAAACGGUGCCCUGUACAUCUACUACAAAUACACUGCCUCAACAACCCCUUUACCAGCCUACGCAGGAUCUGGAACUGCUAGAACUUACAGAGCUCAACAAAAAUUUUCAAGCCAUAUCCCUUACCGAGGAAGAUAAAGCUAGAAUCUAUAAACCUUGGGCCUUCUCCUUUAUUAUCAAACUACCCGAUAAACGGGUUAACCAUGAUUAUUUAAGGAGAAAACUUACCAGCCCUUGGAAACUCUCCGAAGCUCUUAACUCUCAUUGAUUUGGGAUAUGAUUACUACACCGUCAAAUUUAUCAAAGAGGAAAACAUGAAUGCGGUGAUCCAUAAUGGUCCCUGGUUUAUCAAUGGCUUCUAUCUAUCUAUUAGAAAGUGGCACCCAAAUUUUGUACCUUUUGAGGCUACCGAAACCAUCACAGCCAUCUGGCUUCGCCUUUCCGAGCUACCUACGGAAUACUAUGAUCAUACUAUUCUUUCCAAAAUUGGAAGUAAAUUUGGAAAACUGGUAAAAAGACAUCUGUACUUCCUCUACUCUCAGAGGGAGAUACACACAUAUGUAUUGAAGUACCUUUAGGUGUCCCCGUCAAAUCCCACAUCUAUAUUGGUAAUCUAAAAUAAAGAAUCUUAUACGAAGGAGAGGAUCUAUUAUGUAAGUCAUGUGGAUGUAUUGGGCACACACUUAUUAAUUGCAUGUCCGCGAGAGAGAAGCAACGCACUACAGAUAAUCAACCGAACGUCAAAAAUACAAAUAGGCACACAGUGAUGGAGGAGCAAUGGGAAAUUGUCAAUUUCAACAGACGAAAGCGCCCCACCACCAAAACCAAACAGCAAAUGGAGGAAGGCAGUUCCAAAACAACAAAAAUUCCACAUAAUUCUUCGUCUAAGGAGGUUAGCGGUAAUAAUAUUAAAUUAUUCCAUACGGAUAUAGGUAAGUUCCUUGACCAACAAUUAUUUAAAUAUGUACAAAAAUUUAGUGAUAUAGAUCACAACAUUUCUAAAAAGGAACAGCAGCAAAUUGCUUCUUCACAAAGGAAAUUUUCAACUACUAAUUCCUUUGCCCUUUUAGCGGCUAAUUACGACCCUACUGAGAAUUCAAUAACCCCUACACAAUUUGUCUACUCGUCCCCUAAAUUAGCCCCUAUUGAAAUUACCACUGUGCCCCCUAUUAGUUCUUCUAUAGCUAAUAACAGCUCUUCCGCUGGUCCCACCCCAUCCAAAGAAGCCUUGCUUCCCUUGACACAUCACCUUAGUGGCAAGCAAAUUUCCAAAAUAUCUCCGCCAACUUGUAAAGCUAAUGACGUGGACCGCUCCCCGUCCACAUCUCUAAUAAACCAAAAUCCUCCUAUUACAGCCGGCGGGGACACUGCCAGCUUAAAUAACUCCAUAAGUACCACUGAACCCCAACCCUGCCUCAUGGAUGGAGAUGUCCUUUUAGGGACAUUCAGUAGCUCUGCAUGUACAAACCAACCGCGGGGAAAUGAUGCUAAUCAUCCAGAACCUGGAAAUACUAGCUGUCUUAGCCUCCGAUGUAAUGAGGAGGGCAAUGGAGACUUACAACAGUCACUUAUAGAUGGCCUCAACCCCCCUCCAACCACUAAUGAACUAUCAGCUACCAACCAUUCCCUUCUUUCAUAUUCCAACUUGGGAGACGCCAACCGUAGGACCAGUCCAACCAGCUACGCCGUCCAGCUUCCCAACAUUCCCUCCAGUGCUACCGAAUUUUGAGGAUAUCGUCCCUCUCUACCACCAUUGGCAAGUGCAGGGACUGACCCAAGGAACGGGUCCCCUUCACCACGCAAUGGGGAUGAUGAGAUCCUUGGAGACCACAUCCGCGCAUCUCCCAAACAACAUACCCUCCUCGUCUCAGGUACUCCCUCACUCAAACCGUCCUCUAAGAACUAUUUGUACAAGCACUCAGGAAAUAGAAGAGGCCUUAGAACUAAUGCGAGAAACUCGGAACAGAAAUAAUGAUUCUAAAAGACUUAAAAGUGAUGAUUUACAACGAGAAAUUCGAGAAAAAAUUCAUACUUAUCUGUCCCCCGAAUCUCUCGAAAACUUCAAUAGAUAUCAGGCGGCCCUUCAACACACAAAUAGGGAAUUAUGUAUUGAUUCUGAAUCCUACAAUGAGUGCUCCAGAUUCGGACCCAGAACUGACGAUAGCCCCACCUGUGGACCGUCCUCUAAUCAACCCCCCUCGACUAAACAGAUCAAUGAACAUCAUAAUAUGGAAUUGUAGGGGAGGUAAUAAUCCUGAAUUCAAAAGGAACUUCAGGUCCUUGGUGAACUGGCAUAAGCCGCCUUUGGUGGCUUUGCUGGAGACCAAAAAACAGAAUCAUCAAGCUUUGCUUGAUAAAUUUCCUUUUACAAGAAUGAUAGAGGUUCCAGCUGCAGGCAACUCUGGUGGCUUAGCUAUUUUGUGGAAUGAUGCUCUACUUGAGCUGGAUCAGAUUUCUACUAUCGACCAGGAAAUUCAUGCAAUGAUCAAGGGCUCUUCUCCACAGCCUGGAGAACCCGAAGAUGAGGCAUGAGCAGCGCCAAGCUAAUGGAGUAGCUGAUCGACUGGCCAAAGAGGGACUAAAGCUGCCCGAUGAUGACCAACUUUUUGUUAUCUGGAUCAAACCUCCGCUUGGUGUUAAGAAGUUUCCGCUUGGUGUUAAGAGGUUUUUGGAAGAUACGACCAUCACUACAUCUUUUGAAGGGCCUGUUGUGCCCCAGUCUAAUCAUAACUAUGACUCUACUAGUUUCUAUUUUUCUAGUUCUUGUAAUGCCAUAGUAUUGGAUAGGCUGCCGUCAGCUAACUCUAUAAUCCCUUAUGAUGUAUAUUAGUAUUUAAAUAAAAUCAUCUUUUAACCAAAAAAAAAAACAUUGAACUUAAAA